AGUGCAACAACAAAAAUAGACCAAACCCACAUUUACGCAUGCUUGUUGUUUAAUGUUUACUUCUUGGGCUCCUGGUUUCAGUUGGUUUUAACUGCUGUUUGCUUAUAAAUUGAGGACGUUUAGUUUAAGAACAUUUUUCUGAGCCAUAAAUUUAAUUUAUUAUAAGCACUUUGAAAUUUUUAAAUACGUAACAUAAGCCAUCAUGCUAUCCCAGAGUCGAUUGUUUCUUCUUUCAAGAAGUCUUCCUUUUUGUACUUCAUCAGUUUCGUCUAGAACUAUGUCGUGGUACAUUUUUAACAAACUCCGUGAUACUUCAACCAUAGCACCGAAGACGACACCAAAAUCACAAGAGCGAAAAGUUCGAAAACCCAAACUCUCUGCCAACUCUGCCAACAGACCCAAAUGGGACACAAAAAACUGGCUGAUCGAGUGCAAACGGCCACAGUUUAAUCUUCCAAAAGAUAUCCCAGGCACAGUUGGAGGAGGAACAGAGCUUGCUAGCCAUGCCUGGUUCAACAGACAUGCCAACGGCGAUUUCUUCACAAUUCAUCCAUCCGAAAAGCCUGUGGAAAUUCAGAAUACCGUCAGUGAAACUUUUGAUGACAUGAAAUAUUCCUCAGAUUUGAUAUCAGCAGUAAAAAACUUAAGCUUUCAUCACCCCACAUUGAUACAGUGGAAAAGUGCCAUACCUAUUUUGGAAGGAAAAAAUACCGUCAUUGCAGCAGAAACUGGUUGUGGAAAAACUCUAGCCUAUCUCUUACCCAUCAUGCAGCAAUUAAUCGAUUGGAAAACCUUUUACCCCGAAAAAUUGAAUACACCUUUAGUUCUUGUCCUGGCGCCAAACCGAGAGCUGGUGCACCAAAUUUAUGACGUUGCAUCUCAGCUUGCUAAGACUCUGCCUUUGACCCCGGUUAUGUUGACAGGUGGAAGAACAAAAAGGCUGAUCAUGAACCCAAAUUUUGAACCAAUGGAUAUUUUAAUUGCUACACCCUCUGUGGUCAGCAAAUUGGCAGCAACAAAAGUUCUAGAUCUCAGUAAUAUUCUCCAUGUAGUUUUGGACGAAGCUGACACUUUAAUGGACGACAGUUUCAACUGGUACAUAAAAAAGUUUUUGAGAAAAAUUAAUAUUCAUUUCCAAAGUCAACGGAGACAUGGUUCUGCGCCUGUGGGAGCUCAACUGACCAUGGUCAGCGCAACAAUGCCCCAAGACAUUGGACCUAUCUUAGCAGAUUUUCUUGAUGAGGAUUCGUUUGAAAUAGUGACUACUCCUGGACUGCACAAACUCAUGCCCCAAAUUAAACAAACUUUCUUACGAAUGGGAAAAAUCCACAAACCAGAAGAACUUUUGAAGAACGUUAAACAUUUGAAAGCUCAGAAGUCUCCUACCCUCAUUUUUAGCAAUAAAACUGCUACAAGUCGAUUUGUUACGCUAUUUCUAAAGGAGCAUAACAUAGAAGCACCUUGUUUUUGUGCUAAAAUGCCUGCUGAACUGAGAUAUGAAACCUUCAGCAUGUUUCAAAGCGGAGAGACACAGUUUUUGUCAGUUACAGACAUCGCAUCUAGAGGACUUGACACAUUAAAGGCUAAUGUAAUUUUGAACUACGACUUUCCUCUCUUCAUGGCCGACUAUCUUCAUCGAUGUGGCCGAGUUGGCAGGAUAGGUAGUCAAGGUAGUGCGAGGGUGAUAAACUUUGUGAAUGGGCCAGUUGAAAUUAAGCUUGUUCAAGCUAUUGAGAAAUCAAUAAGAUCACAGGAGCCAUUACCUGACGUGAAUGGAAACAUAAUAAGACUGCUUCAGGAAUAUUCAGAGUCACAGUCGGAAAGAGAGUUUAACAUGGAAAUCAAACAAUUGGCAUCUGUUUAGUGUAAAAAAUUUUAUAGUCAAUCCAUAAAAUAUACAGUAUGUUGCUCACACACUUAAAUUUGU